CCUCCCCCAUCUCCCUCUCCAAUUAGCAGAGGCAUUCACUACCAGAAUCACUUAGCCCUGUGCCUGUGCCAGCCCUUGCCAGAUGCAUCAGUCUAACCGGCUGCAAGUAACGCUUCGGCUACGGCGUGGAGGGAAAUGUUUCAUUCGGAAUGAUCUGAUUCAGAAAUAGAGCUGCCCCUACUUCUUUCCCCUGCCCUGCCUUAUCCUGCCUUGCAAGGCAAGGCAAGGCAAGGCAGCCUUUACAUCUCUCUCCUUCCAGCCCUUAAGAAGCUGAAGGCAGGUGUAAUUAAAGGAGCAAAGUCCCGCGCAGACCUUCGGACUUCAGGUCACGGCUUCUGGAAAUCAGUCCAGAGGCUCAUUUCAGCACCUUGGAGAACUCCUGAAUGUGGACGCUCUAGAUGGCGCCUUAGCGGGCUGGGAGAUGACAGAGAACCCUUUCUACAGCUUGCCCUGAGGAGGGACCCACCCGAUUCCAGCUCUAUAUGGUCGAGCAGACGGAAUUGAAGCACUUUGGACAGAUCUUCUCAUUCUAUCUGGACUGAAGUUGUGGCUUUAGAUUCUGAGCUGACUGCCUAGCUCAUACAAGGGAGGCAUGGAGGACGACGAAGAGAGAGAUAUAGACACAUGCAUUUUCUCCUUUCCGUCGGUCCAGGGUGACCUUUAUCAAUAGGAGCAGAUCAGCUUCAAUCUCCAGGAUAGUUUCCUAGUAGGCGACUCUGUAAAUCUGGGGAGAGCGACAACCGAUAAACUCUCUACCCUCAUGGCUCUGGGCGAAAUUAUUCAUUCUGAAAUGAAUGUUGCUUAUUUGUUUAAGUUUUAUUCAAAUGCAUGUUUCUGGCUUUUUAAAGAGAAAAUGCAACUGCCUCGAAAUCAGAAACGGUAGAAAAAUUUUAGACACCUAUGAUUAAGAACCUCCUGCCUGCUACAAGCUGAGACUUGGAGCCUAUCUGAGGACUCUCAACUCCUGUCAGGGGAACUGCCUGCUGAGUGUAGAGCCCUUUAAACUGUUCGGGGUUUCAUGCAUCAUUUUAAAUGUGUACUUUGCCUAGAGUCUACUCCAUUUUCCUCCUAUUACCAUUCCUGAUAGAACCUUCUCUCCUCUCCUCUCUCUCGCCUCCACCUCCCCCAUCUUUCUCCUGUGUUCUGUGGACAUACGUAGCAAGACAGAGCUAGGGUUUGGAGCUCCCUGCAAUUGCCUUGACUUUUGCUUUUUUAGGUUUUUGCUUUUUGUUUUUUUUUUUACUUCUCCCUGGAUUACAAGAUUGGAUGGUGCACCGUUAAGUCCAGAAACCCUGAUGAGCCGCAGUGUUAGGAAGAAUCCUGGUGUGAGUGUGUUUGUACUGUUGUGUGUGUGGGGGUGCAAGAAAAAAACAACUUUGGAUCCCCAAAGCCCCCCUUUCCUCCUCAUGCAAGUUUCUUUGGAAGUCGUACGAUGAGGAGUUCUUUUGCAUAUAGCUGAGGGCAAAGCCCAAACAGUACCUGGGGGAGGGGGGCAACGCUGCAACGGGAAGGGAAAAUAAUAUUUGCCCCCAAUAUUCUCUACAAUCAACGAUGGCAAAUGAACCGGUGAUUUUGAAUGUCUAUGAUAUGUACUGGAUCAAUGAGUACACUUCUACUCUGGGCAUUGGUGUGUUCCAUUCAGGCAUCGAGAUUUAUGGCCGAGAGUUUGCCUAUGGGGGCCAUCCUUAUCCUUUCAGUGGGAUCUUUGAAAUUACACCUGGAAGUGCAGUGGAACUGGGAGAAACCUUUAAAUUCAAAGAAGCCAUAGCCCUGGGUACCACUGACUUUACAGAAGAAGAUGUGGACAAGAUCUUGGAGGAGCUGGGGAAGGAGUACAAAGGCAAUGCCUACCACCUCAUGCACAAGAACUGCAACCACUUCUCAGACGCCCUGGCAGAGAUCCUGUGUGGUCGGGAGAUACCUCGGUGGGUGAAUCGCCUGGCCUACUUCAGCUCAUGCAUCCCUUUUCUCCAGAGCUGCCUCCCUAAGGAAUGGCUAACUCCAGCAGCCCUGCAGACCCACAUAGGCCUUGGUCUACGUAAAGAAGACUCAGGCACGGCAGUGGACGAGGAGAUGCCCUCCACCUCAGGCGCCUCGAGGACCUGCAAACACACCCGCGUCUGAGCUGGGCCCUGCCACCCUCCUCCUCCCCUUUUUCUAGCCUCCUCUUCUACCCAUGACUUCUUCUAUUCCCUCUUAUCCCUCUUUUCCUUUUCCUGUUCUCCUCCCAGGAGGCUGGGGUUUUCUUUGCCUCUAUUGCUCUGAAAAGAAACUGAACCAUCUCACUGUUCCUUUGGGCCACUGAAACCUCCAUAACACUAGUGCAGUGACAAAAUCACAUGUGGAUGAAUGGGGAAGGGAUCUCUCCAAAUUGUUAGACUUUGGGGAACUGAGGUAUCUUUGAAGUCUCUCUACUUCAGAAGAAUUGUUCUUAUUCUAUAGUGAACCUGGACAAUCCCCUUACUCCCUCCUUGACACAGCUUUACUGUUCCCUAAGCCCCUUGUUUUCAAAGGAGAGAAGAGGAGCUAUUUGGGGCAAUGUUUCCAUCAGACCAGCAACAACAGCCCUUCCCUCCAAGUAUUCUCCCAUUUGGGGGAAUCAAGGAUUUUCUGAGGCAUUUGGAUAACAGGGUGACACUCUCCAGAUUUCCCACUGGAGGAUGUAUGUAUGUAUGUAUGUGUAUGUUUUGGGUGGCAUUUUAUAUUCAAAAAUCACAGGAUUUCAUAAAGACAGCAGAGAGAGGUUCAUUUUGUGGAUGGAGCAGUAGAAUUAGGAAAGGAAAGGAGGAGGGUUAAGCAUAUGAAUGAAAUAGGUUGAGAAAUGUGUUAAAAAAAAGAGACAACAAUUUCUGUGGUGUCUCUCUUUUAUCCCUUGUUGUAGACUGCACAAUACUGUAAAGCAACUGAAGAGAGCAGCACCUUUUCCCCUAAUUGCUGACUUCCUCCAAUACUAGAUCCCAAUAGGAAAAAUGGAGAGCAGUAGAGAGCUAUUUCUUCAGCUCUCCUUUUCCUUUUCCUUUUUUUUUUCUAUCAUUGAGAAUCACCCUUCACUGGACUAAGGAAAUACGCCUAAGAAUUCUGUGUGAGUUUCUGAGUGAGAACUCUGAGGAUAUCAUUUAAUGAGAGGAAUGAGAAUAGGGCCAGAAAGAUCUGUUUCCAGCAACUCAUCAGUGAUAACCCAUUGAGGCACCUCAGCUUUCUCCAGAGGCUUCCUUGCAUUGCAGGAGAUCAGCCCUGUACUUUUCAUAAGUCCUGUGGGGUCUGUACUUGUAUGAGGGGACAAAAGAUUAGGUAGUCAUAGAAUGUCAUGAUUGGAAGAGAUCCUAGAAAUAAUAAUCCAAUCUUAAGAUUUUACAGAUGAAGUAACAGCACUAGGGAGAUGAAAUGACCUGUUUUCAGUCACAUGGUUAAUUAACUACAAUGACAAGACUAGAAUCCAGGUCACUUAACCCUUAAUCUGAAGUGACUGCUCCAUUCACCAUAAGUUUAGAAAGUAGGUUUGGAAGGAAUUAAUUUUCUUCUAAAGUUAAUACCACCUGGUGGUGAGUGUGUGUAUAUGAAUGUGUGUAUGUAUGUGUAUGUGUAUGUGUAUGUAUAAAGAGGAAUAGGUGAAUGAUCUUAUGAUCAUUGCCCAUGCAUGGAUUGGAGUGAAAUAAAAUGUUGUCUCUGUGUUAACAUGAAUGGUUAUAAGCAUGUGCAGCAUGGGGAGAAGUUUAGAACAGUAUCAAUCUGUUUAGACAGGCAGUGUUUGAGUAUAUGGACUUAGGAAGACACUAGCAAGGACUACUAUUCAGAAGGAUCUAUUUCUUUUGGGACUGCUGUGGUUAGCACAAUCUUCCCAAAGAAAGCAAAUGGUGGACUCUGGUAUCCUUUGACAUUACAUCAUGCCUCUGUGAUGUAUGGGAGAUGUGAAGAAAUAGGAUUCAAGUCAGCUACCAUUUGGUGAGAGAUAUUUGGUCUCUAAAUAGCUCUUAGAUGGCUUAACACUAAUGGCAAAGACUCCUUAUAAUAUACUGAGUGAAGUUUAUGUGUCAUGAAUGAUCCAUUUGCCUCUCUGAAGGAGCUUUAUUCCUUAGGAGAACUAGAGUCUAGGAAUCCUAUUAGUUUUAGUUUAAGACGUGUGUGAUUUUGUGUGUGUGUGUGUGUGUGUGUGUGUGUGUUUAAAAUUUCUUGCUUUUGUCAUUCAUUUCUCCUACUCCACAAUUUUUCACCAAUGUGAAUAUACAUUUUCUUUCUAGUAUUGUUUCAUCUGGUAGAUAAUAGAAAAAAUGUAAGAAGAAACACUGGAUCCACUUUUCUGAGUCUUAACAAGACAAACAAGCUGGUAUGGUAUCCAGAUAGCUCUUUCUGAAACUCUACCAGAUUGACUAGCUUUCCUAAUAGAAGUCUUGGGUUUCUGUUCCAAGAAAAAUUAAAUUGCCACAAUGAGGAGAAAUGCUUUGACUAAGUCAGACUUUUUAUUGUUUUCUCUAGAAAUGGGAAUUAACCCAAACAUAAUUCAGACAUUCAUAAAAUAAAUUAAAAAUAAAACUAAAAUGAAUUGGAAA